AUGAAUUCAAAUCAACAAAUUCCAAGAAACUUAAGCAUUUUAUCCAAUUCUACUCCCCAAUAUGACUUUGAAUUUUGCGACCAACAGGCUACUAUCAUUUCUUAUCCGUUUAAUUAUUCAUAUGAUCAAACUGCCGAAUACUCAUUUUUUUAUUCGUUAUCCAAUGAAAUUUAUCACAUUAAAUGUGAAGAAAUUAAUAAUAAUCACAACAACUUAAACAAUAAUUCUUUUCAGUAUGAUAACGUUUAUCAUUUUGAUUAUGUACAAUCUGAUACCAAGAGAUUGUAUCGCUUUACAUGUAGAAAUCUUUCGUCUACAUUUAUUUUCCAGUUUUUAAAUAAAUCUACUUAUGGAAUCGAAUUCACUCAAGAUAAACAACUUCCCAUGAAAAAUAUGAAAGAUCAAAAAAUUCUUGAAAGUAGCUUAAAAAGAGAUUUGACUUGUUACUUGGCACUAGACCAAGAUUGCAAGAAAAAUUAUUAUUUAGAUUUGAUGUUUGUAGAAGAUUAUCAAAAUUAUUGUAAAUUAGGAUUAAGCAAAUCUUCUAACGUAUAUGAAAAUACAAAAAUAAAACGCAAGAGGCAGCACGGUGGUAAGAAAAUUAAAACAAAACUUUGGGAUGAUGCCGUUACUAUGCUAUCUGAGAAAGGCUACAAAUAUACUGCUAAACAGUGUUCUAUUAAGUGGAAAAAUAUUAAACAAAAUUAUAAUGAUGACAAUAAUCAAAAUGACAAUAAUCCAAUUGAAAUUCGGUAUAAGUCGAAAAUUGAAGAAAUUCUUAAUGGAGAAACUAUGCUAAACUUAGUUGAUUCGGAUAAACUUGCUGGUAAGCGAAAGAUAUUGGAUGAAGAUAGUUCAUCAAAUAAAAAAAUUAAAUUUACUCAAAGUUAA